AGUUAAAAAUAAAUUAAGAAAGAAUAAAAAAGAAGAAACAAAAAGAAAGAGAAUAGAAGACUCAAGAGUGAAAUUGUAGUAAGUGGAAUGAGAGAGAAAAACAAAUAAAAAAGGAGAAAGAAGCUGAAUUCUGACACAGCCCACCACCCCAUUGACUACCGCCACGCCACCCCUGUUUGGCCGGAGCAGCCGCCUCUCUGCUACUGGUCCAACCCUCUAUUAUACUUCUUACACCGUCUCUAAUCUCUUUUGGAUCUUUCCAUCUUAAUUUUUUUUUUUUGUCCCCCCACUUAUUAAUCUUAGCGAUAAUAUACAUAUAUAUUUAUUUUAUUUAUGUUGCGGCUUCAUGGGUAGAAAAAAAGAGUGAGAUUUAGUAAAAUCUUUCUCGAGUUGGCUCUUUCAUGAUGUAUUUGGUGUUCUGAUUAAGAAACUGAACUGGGGUUCUUUAAUUCUUGCUUCAUGUUUCCUCUGGGUUGGUGUGAGAUGGGACUGAACCUGAACUGAACCAUUUGUUUAUAAUUAACUGUACUUUCACUGAACCAAAAUCCAUUUCCCCUUUAACUCUCUAAUAUUUCUGCGUAUCAGAUUGAGACCUCUCCUCUGCCGACUUUGCCCACGCCCGACACCCGUACAGCACUCCCUCUUUAGUCAAUACCCUCUCACUGUUGAUAUUAUCUUAUAUUGCAUCUGUGUAUGUGUUUUUCUGAGAAUCUAGAGAGAUUUUGAAGUAUAGAUUGUUAUUUUGGUGUUUAGUUGAAAGUUUCCAUAAUUGAGAGGCCUUGGUUUUGGUUUUGUUGUGGGUAGGUAAGUGGGUAUUAGAGAUCGCAUGCAAACUAUCGCCGUUGAUUUGCAGUUUGUGCAGAUUCUCAAGACACGUUGAGUUCACCUAUACCUCUAUAUCUGAAACGCCCCUUCUCCACUUUCAUUUCUAAACCAAAACCUGCAUGCAGCAAACCCACAGAUAGAGAAAAAUUCACUCUUGAUUUUCCAAAAGAUGCAGCAGCAAGAUAGAGGAGGGAGUGAAGAAAAGAAGCCGGCACAAAAUCAGCAAGAUCGGAGAUUGAAGGUGAUGCAAGGAGAGACUUCACAACAACAACUGCAGCAGCAGCCCCAAAAGUGUCCUCGUUGUGAGUCUCUAAAUACAAAGUUUUGUUAUUACAAUAAUUACAGUCUCUCUCAGCCUCGUUAUUUCUGCAAGACUUGUAGAAGGUACUGGACUCAAGGUGGAACCCUAAGGAACGUUCCUGUGGGAGGAGGUUGCAGGAAAGGAAAACGUACAAAAACCUCCUCUUCCGGUGAAAAUUCAAGAUCUUCUCACCCACACCCAUCUCCGCCUUCUCAAAAUAUUCUCUCUUCCGGCUCGGUUGUUGCCAGAAGUGCUAAAGAAUCUGGUAAUAAUUUGGCUACGCCGCCUUCAAUUUCUUCCAUGGGACCUUACUUUCCGAGUGGUGGUUUCUUGUCUUCUUUAGCAGCAAUUCAACCUUUGAAUCAACCACAAUCUUUUAAUCAGAAUCUGAGUCCAGCUCUUAGUGCUGGUGUUGGUGGUGGUGGUGGUGAUCAUAUGGGAGGGUCUUCAAAUUUGGGUCUUUUGCAGGGAUAUAGCGUCCCUUUUGUCCAGCAAACACAAUUUUACCAGAUUGGUAAUAGAGAGAAGAGUGUAAAUCCCAUUUAUCAUCCACCUGAAGGGAGCUUGAUUCACUCUGCAAGACCUGCAAGUUCUUCUCAACAUGAUUGGCAUCAAAGCUUCAUCAACAAUACUAACCCUAAUGUAUCUGAUACGGCUUUGUGGAGCAUCAGCACCAGCAGCAGUGCCCACACUAACGCCAACAGUAACAAUACUGGCUCUGUUUCUGGUUCUUUGAACCCGAAUCCGUGGGAUCAUCCAGGUUAUGGCCCUCCUUCCUGAUUAAACUAUCUUGCAGCUCUCUCAAAUCUCCAAAGAAUGGACAGGAGCAUAAGUUCUCUUGAGGAAUUUUUUGCAUUUUUAUACAGAGAAAAAAAAAAACCACAAAAUCUCUAUAAAGAUUUCACAUUUGGGUUAUAAACCUUACUUUGAGAUGUGUUUGUAUUCAUAUAUAUGGAAGAAGAAAAAUAGGAGAAAUGGCCUUUGUUUAUUAUAGAGAUUUUCUGGGUUGAAAAUUAGGAAGAUUAGGUUUGUUGUUUUUGAACUUCUGAUUAAAGUUAAUAAGGUGUAUGUUUGGUGAGCUUAAAUUUAUUUCUGCUUUUUAUUGUACAUGAAUAUUAAUUUUCGAUUAAAAAGAAAUUAGGGUUUUGUUU